AUGGACGCGACCGGCGUCGAUGGACGCGAUGACGUCGUCUCGCACGCCCUGGCGAGAGAGGAAGAGCUCAGGGUGGAGACGCUGCGCAGCGAAGGGUGCGCGAUCGCGCUCGUCAGUGGUCACGCAGAGAUCUUCGGUUCCGAGCUCGCUCGGGGGCAGAGCGUGAAGAUUGGCGGUGGGAAAAAGGUGGCGGUGUUCACGUUUCACGGCGCCACGAUCGAGAUCACCGGGAAGGUGGAGAUCGCGUACGUCGCGGGGGAGACGCCGAUGGUGUCGUACGCGAACGCGCACGCCGUGCUCAACGCCAAGCGCGAGCGGGCGGGGGCGGCGGGUUCGUCAGAGGAGGGACCGCGAGUGAUGUGCGUGGGACCGACAGAUGUGGGUAAGAGCACGGUGUGCUCGAUCCUGUGCAACUACGCCGCGCGAAGUGGACAAGCGCCGCUGUACGUCGAUUUAGACUUAGGACAAGGCGCGCUGACGGUGCCAGGGACGAUUUGUGCCGCCCCCGUGGACGCGCAGAUAGACCUUGAGGAGGGUAUUCCGCUCGAGAUGCCACUUGUGUACUUUUACGGAGAUCUGACGGUGAACAAUCCGGAGUAUUACAAGCACAUUGUCACCAGACUGGGCGCCUUAUUGGACGAGCGAAGCAAAGCGAACGACGACGCGCGAGCGGCUGGGUGCGUCGUGAACACGAUGGGCUGGAUCGAUGGGAUGGGUUUGGAACUCCUCUUGCACGCUAGAGAGGCGUUGAAGAUCGAUCACGUGCUCGUCAUCGGGCAAGAGCGCUUGUACGGCCAGCUUCAACAAAAGCUUGCCGGGACGGAUUGCCAGGUGUUUCGCAUGCAAAAGUCGGGAGGAGUUGUCGAACGCACGCAAGAAUUUCGCCGGGCGACCCGCGACCGGAUGUUUAAGGAGUACUUUUACGGCCCCACCGGAGAGCUCGCUCCGGCGUCGCAGACUGCGUACUUUUCACAAAUAAGUCUGUAUCGCAUCGGUGGCGGCCCGAGGGCUCCGGCUUCCGCGCUUCCAAUCGGCCAAACGGCGUCAACGGAUCCCAUGCGCAUAGCCCCCGUGGUGCCGUCGACGUCGCUUUUGCACAGCGUCUUGGCGGUCAGUCAUGGAAAAACACAGGGCGACUUGCUUAACUCAAACGUCGCCGGUUUCAUAUACAUCACAGAGGUGGACAUGAUUCAGAAAAAGUUUACGUACCUCAGUCCGUGUCCGGGUGAGUUACCAUCCAACGUGUUGCUCGUCGGCAACUUGAAGUGGUUGGGUCUUGACAACUAG